GGCAGGCCUCCCUGCUUCACUUUCAGGUUUCUUGAAGUGCCCUCUCGCUCCUGUCUGUUUCCCCAUCCUGCCAGGUUUCUGUUUCCCUUCCUGGGCUGGUGGCAGUGGGGGGCCGUGUGGUGGGCCCCACGGAGAUGCUCAGUGCUUGGGAUCGACGGGACCGGCCCCCUGAGGAGGGGGCGGCUGCAGAGCUCCGGGGCUUCGCCGUGGACAAGACCUUCCUCUCCUCCCUCAAAGGCAUCCUGCUGGAAACCGAGCUGGCCCUGACCUUCAUCAUCUUCAUCUGCUUCACGGCCUCUAUCUCUGCCUACAUGGCCGCAGCGCUGCUGGAGUUCUUCAUCACGCUCGCCUUCCUCUUCCUCUACGCCACCCAGUACUACCAGCGCUUCGACCGGCUUAACUGGCCCUGUCUGGACUUCCUCCGCUGUGUCAGCGCCAUCAUCAUUUUCCUGGUGGUCUCCUUUGCAGCCGUGACCUCCCGGGAUGGAGCUGCCAUUGCUGCUUUUGUUUUUGGCAUCAUCCUGGUUUCAGUGUUUGCCUAUGAUGCCUUCAAGAUCUACCGGACCGAGAUGGCGCCCAGGGCCACCCAGGGGGACCAGCAGUGACUCGGGGGCUACCUGUAUCCCAGGCUCAGCCAAAGGAGACUGUGGAGCCCAGACACAUCUCCUUUGGAUUCACUAGUCCCCUCCCCACCGUCCCCCACCCAGGCCUACAGAGAUGUCUGGCCUGAGAAGUCACUGGGGCCCUGUCUGUGGAGCCUGGUGCUCUGGAUCUGCCUCCUGCUGAAGCUCCGGCCAGAGGAGGGGACUUACGGGAUAGGGGGAGAAAGCUGGGCCCCUAAGUCAUGCCCAGAUUAAAAGAUUCAAAUCCUA